AUGAUAUCAAAUGAACACGAUCUAACUACAAGUGAAUUCUUGUUUACAAACGAACACAUCCCGGUGGAAAACACAAAACCGUUUUCCCAGUUUUUCUUCACACAAGUAUCGUGUUCAGACAUUUGACAUCCAUUGCUGCCAACAUGAAAACUACAAACUGUGAAAUCCGUGCGUGACAGCGAAUGAGCUGACUCUCGGUAGCAGAAUCCUUCUAUAGUGUUUACAAAAAUUUAAAACGGUCCGAAAACCAAUCAAACGAUGCCUUCCAGCCGACUUCAUCGGAUAUUUCUGUACAGCUUUGCCAUCUGCCUGUUCGGAACCUUUGUGACAAUCGCCGCCAAAAUCUUCCCAAUCGCGAAUCUACCCACGAGUACCAAUGUCAUCAUUAUCGGCACAUGUAUGGCUAAUUUGAUUUCCGUGGUGGCGUUGAUAAUUGGAAUCGUGGCGAAACGACCGGAGCUGGUGAAAGCCGUUAAAAUAUUCAGCUGGGUGCAACUGGGCGCCAUCUGUUUCCUCAUCUGUCUGGCGCUGUUUCUGCUGUACGUGGUCAAGGUGGAUGUGGAGCACUACGACGAGCGGGUGAAGCCGGAACUGUGAGCACGGGCAGGAUUUUUAAGUGCGGUGUCAUUAUCCGCGGUUGUUCUGAUCGAGACGAUAGUCAACGCGUGACUGCAGUUUCAAUUAGUGACGCUAUAAACAGAGUCUAGAAACUGUGAUUCAUGUCUCUAUCCAUUAUACCCAGUUAGAAUACGGAAGUUAACCAAAUCGUGCGUGUGUAGAUACCUUUGUGAAGCAUCCCACUAUGUGAUUCAACCGAAUUUAUUAUAAAGUUUGCAUGCAUUUGACUUUAUUGACUCAACCUAAACCAAUAUACUCAUUUU